GAAGCGUCGGCAGACCAGUCGCUUAUGAAGCAGCGAAGAAGAAGAAGAAAACUGUAAGAACUUCUUUCUAGUACUGGAUUCAACGAUGCUACUGCAAGGUUGGAGCGAUUUCGGCUUUGCAUUUCGGUUAAGUAGCUGUAAUCAGCAUUCGCGCAGAGGAAGAGGAAGAGGAAGAGGAAGAUUUGGAUUAUCGAGGCUCCCCUUGCGUUGCGCCUUUGAACUCGCUGGCCAGAGUGUGUCGGCGGAUGAUGUCGCCGCCGUGUUUCACAACAAGGUUUUGGUUUCGGCGGUUGUAUCGGCGGGGGUUGGGCAGGUUUUGAAGCCGUUUACUUCGAAAUUAUUGUAUGGUAAAAAAAUUGAUUUGAAAGCUGCUGUUGGAGCUGGAGGAUUUCCUUCCACUCAUUCUUCGGCUGCUGUGGCGGCUGCAACUGCUCUUGCCCUAGAGAGAGGAUUUGCAGAUGCAGUUUUUGGUUUGGCUGUGGUUUAUGCUGGCCUUACCAUGUAUGAUUCACAGGGAGUUAGAAGGGAAGUGGGAAUCCAUGCAAAAGAGUUGAAUAAAGUUCUACUUAAGUCCAGAUUACCUUCGGGUUCAUCUAGGGAGGGCGUGGAUGAUCUAGUCGAGUCUUUUUCUAGAGAAUCAGCGUCGUCAAGUUUAGACAACAUCGACAAUGUUUUCUUGGAGAAGCAGAGCACUCUCCAGACAAAACCGAAAACUUCUUCCUUGUUCCUCAAAUCUGAUGGAAGGAAGCCGAGUAAUAAACCCUUUAUAAAUUCCUCUAGCGCGGCACCAUCUGACUUCAACGGACAGCCAGAAAGCACAGCAGCAUACAGUCGCUCUAAUUCAUUGAAAGAAUCAAUUGGCCACACUGAAACUGAAGUCGCAGCUGGCGCCCUGUUGGGCUUCUUGGUUAGUUUUGCUAUCUUCCCUUACCUUUAGAAGCAUGGGAUCGAUUGUUUUUCUGUUAUUGCAUUACCUAGUAGAAGUUUUCAAUAAUCUGUUAUGAUGUAUUUGUAGGAUUCUUAACUUAUUUAUACAAUAUGUGCCAACUAAAUAUGUACGAGUUCUUACAACUCAAAUAAAGAAGUUCAAUUUUAUAUUUCAA